CAGAGUCAGUCUGUUGAGCAUGCGUCUCAUUGACACACAGCGGCAACAAGUGGAAGAUACGGUUUUUAUGACAGUUGUAUGUGUCUGUCAGGAAGUCAACAUCUGAAACAUGAGCAAACGAAAACUGAGUUUCAAAUGGCUUGGGAGCCUCACCAAUCUCUCCAUCCGCCGCCCAUCAGGGAAGCACCGCAUCAAGGAAGCCCCAGAACAGGAUGGCAUCCACUGCGGCGCCGCAUCAUCAGUGGGUGGCCACACUGUGGAUGACAUGGAGAGCUGCCUCCACAGCCCCACUUAUGCCAGCUCGAGCGAAAUGUACACACACGUGGGCACUGUGCCCCGCAGCCAGAGCCGGAGGAAGGGCGGCGAGAACCUGAAGGAGCAGAAGAAGAAGGAGGAGGAGGGGUCGAGCGGAGGGCAGAGCCAGCGGAAGGCGGGGGAGCAUGUCCGUGACUCCCCUCUGCUCAGUGCGCUGUCCAGCCACAGUCUGACCAGUCUGGACCGGCCUGUGCCUGUUUCUGCGCCGGCCCGGCCGCUGCCUGCCACCCCGCUGCUCAGCCGGGCUUCACCUUUGACCUCUGCGCCAAAGAGCUGCCUCAAUGAUCCUUCAGCCGACAGCAUUAGGAGCCAAGAGGCAUUAUCAUGGAGCCAAGGUGCUUUAGAAACUGAUAAACCUGUGACAGAGCCUUCAAACAUGGCAACCAACGCCCCCAAAGUGUCCUCAUCACAGGAUGUGUACGUGCCGAUGGACCCGAUAGCUGAAGCAGCUCACGCUCACCUGAAGGACGACCUGAUACAGAGGCAGCGAGGUGUCACAAGCAAACAGGAAGCCUCAAAGACUUUAAACGGCUUGCAUGAAAAUGAGAGCACUGACAGCCCGCCGAUUCUGACAGACAGCGGUGGAGAAUACGUGAAGUUCUCUAAAGACAAGUUCUGGUUGGAGCCGCCAUCGGAGAAGCUGAGGAAGCAGUUGGAGGAGGAGCUGAAGCUGAGCGGCACCAACCUGAAGAGCCAUGCCUGGUACCAUGGACGCAUCCCCUGGGAGGUGUCGGAGAGCCUGGUGGUGAACCACGGCGACUUCCUCAUCAGAGACUCUCAGUCCAGUCUGGGCGACUUUGUCCUCACCAGCCACUGGGAGCAGAAAACACUUCACUUCGUCAUCAGGAAAACAGUGGUUCAGUCCAGUGAGACAUAUACCCGGGUCCAGUACAGCCUGGAGGAUGAGGCCUUUGACUCUUUACCUGCUCUCGUUCACUUCUACGUGGGCGGCAGGGCGGCUCUGACCCGGUGGAGCGGAGCUCAGAUUCACCGGCCAGUGAACAGGACGCUGCCUCUCAGCUACCUGGAGACGGCCUUCUGCACCGCCAUCAGUACCCCGUCUUGCCACAAACAGCUGAUAAACUGCGAGGAAAGGGUCUGUCCGAGAAGUCCUUCCUCUCUACACCACAGGGGGGCAGAUGGAAACACAGAGCAGGACGACCGGCCUCAGCCGACUGCUGGAGAAUCCUCACUCUCUGUGACUUACAACAACACUCCACAGUCUAGAAGUCCCAACAUCAGUAGGACGCCCAGUGUGGCUCCAUCCCCGUCCCUUCCCAGGCGUUCGGAUCCCUCCGGACCUGCACCCUCUCCCAGCAGCACCCUCCGCAGACAGUUCAACGACAGACCCCAACCUCAUCUGAACCACGACUCCCCAUCCUCUGAUGCAGGUGGGAACUGCUACACGGAGCUGUACCCCGGCCCUCAGAGCUACGUGGAGAGGCUGCGGGCAGAGGAAGGGUCAAUGGGCAUCGAUCCGCUGAGGGUAGAGGAGGGGAACGUGUACUCCACGCCGGUGGUAGAAACUGUCUCGUCUUUCAAACCGAGCAGGUACCAGUCGCCGCUGAUGCCCAAGGAGAAUAAGCCCUUGGAGGUGGGCAUCCUGCGGAGGGUGAAGGAGCUUCUGGCUGAGGUCGACCCCAGGACGGCGGCCAAACACAUCACUAAGGCGGACUGCAUGGUGGCCAGAAUUCUAGAAGUGACUCCGGAGGUGCAAAGGAUGAUGGGAGUUAGUUCUGGGAUGGAGCUGCUUACGCUGCCACACGGCCAACAGUUGAGACUGGACCUGCUGGAGAGGUUCCAGACCAUGGCGACCAUGUUGGCUGUGGAUGUGUUGGGCUGCACCGGGACGACCGAGGAGAGGGCCGGUCUGCUGCACAAAAUCAUCCAAAUCGCCGCCGAGCUCAAGAGCACCAUGGGCAACAUGUACGGUUUCGCUGCUGUCAUGAGGGCCUUGGAGCUGCCGCAGGUGUCCCGCUUGGAGCAGACCUGGACGGCAUUGCGGCAGCGGCACACAGAGGGCGCCAUCCUCUAUGAGAAAACUCUGAGGCCAUUCAUGAAGAGUCUGAACGAAGGCAGAGAAAGCUGUCCGCUGUCCAAUACCACCUUCCCCCACAUCCUACCACUCCUGUCUCUGCUGGAGAAGAGCAUUGCGGUGGGUGAGGGCACGGAGCCGUGGGAGACGGUGGAAGUCGGGGUGGACGUGGUCAUGUUCCACCUGGGGGCGGCGAGGACCAUCGCACAGCUGGGGGGCAUUUACCGCUCCAACGCCGAGAGCAAACUCCAAGGUUUCCAGGAGCAGGAGGAGGUCCUGGAGCUCUUCCUCACUGACUUCCAGAUGAGACUGUUGUGGGGGAGCAGGGGAGCCACGGAAAGCCAGGCUCUGCGAUAUGCCAAGUUUGACCAGGUGCUGACCGCCUUGUCCAACAAGCUGGAGCCACCUGCCAGACCACACUGACCACAGAUUGUUUUUAGAUUUGUGACUUUGUAUACCUAGGAUGAUGAGCACCCUGUUGUGUUCUCAACCCUACAUGUGACAGUCCGUUGGUCACGGAGCAGCUCCUCCUGGCAGUCCUGAUGACCUUCCAGUCGAACUUGAAUGAGGCAUUGAAAGGGAGAGCAGGAUGUUUGAAACAGGAAGCCUUCAGCCACAAACACUUGAUAAGCAUCUAGUCUCAAGCAGUUUGUUGUCUUUGCUGGUCGAAUCCUGCCCACAUCUUACAGACUGUGAGGGUGAGACUAACCUAUCACCUGGUUCUCUGGAGAUUGUUGGGAUUCAGAUUCUUGUUCAAAAGCUAAUCAGCAGGAUGAAUGUUCUUUUAAUUUGAUCUCAUGCUAAAUGGUUAAUUUCUAACAUUUCAGUUGCUUUAAUGUUGAAAUGCAAAGUGUUUGUGUUGAAGUCCGAGUUGCAGCAGGAUGGUGGAGGCACUGUAAGUAUGAGGCAGUACUGCACCCUGGAGGACAAAAAAAAAAAAAACACAAACCAAGAAGCUGCAGAAUUUGCAGUUAGACCAUUAGUCAAGGACAAUUACUUGUCUGCUAUUUUGAUAAGCGAUUAAAUAUUUUUGUCAUCAUUCAAGCAAAAUGUCUAACAUUUGCUGGUUCCAGCUUCUUAAAUGUCAGGAUUUGCUGUUUUUCAUUGUCACCGAUGUCAGUAAAUGAAGAGUGGGUUUGGAGUGUUGGUUAGACAAAAGAAGCAGUUACAAAUAAUCGGCACAUUAUCGGUUUGAUUCAAACAAGGUAACGCCCUAGUUUGCCAUCCUCAUCACAGUCUUGUUUGCCACUUUCUAUAUUCUUAACUGAGGAUGUAAACAAUUUAAAGUGGAAAUCAGUUGAAAUCAACUUUAUCCUGCCAGCAUUUUUUAUUUAAUAUGUUGAAGUUUAUUACCAGAGGACUUUAUCUGUCCCGCAAUGAACCAAAAUGUGAAGAUAUCAGUGUGCAUAUAUGCAACCCUGUGCCAAUUUCUGUUGUGGUACAGUGGUUUUGUUCUGCAGGAAAAAACAACAACACUUUUAUGUUACGAGAAGCCUGAGACCUGUUUUUAUGAAAAUAGUUCCUGAGACGAGGCUGUGCCUCAGUCUGUUGUGUAGAAAUGUGCUUAUAUGUCCCUGAAGGCUGGACCUUCCCUAAAUCUAGAACUGUAUGAAGCGUAUGUCAUAUUGUACAACCAAUAACAAAAUAAUAUACUAUUCACAUUUCUAUAUUUUGUAUUAUGUUUCUCACCAUGUGUUAAUCGUUGGGAUUUUAUCAUUUGAAGUGAGUAUUUAAUGAGAUUAGAGGGGCUGUAAUCAGUGCUGGGGUCACUUCACGUUCUGUUGAAACGUCCUUUUUUCUCAGACUGUAUAUGUGAUUAUCGCUAUGUCAAUGUGGCGAGUGAACUGAAAGCGACCUGACCCCAACAAGUGCAGCCCACAGGUACUGAGCAUUUCUAUUACCUUACACAGUAUUAAUGUCUAAUAUUUAUCUGAAAUGUGAAAAUAAAAUAAACAUGUUUACCUCGCUA